UACAUUUUUGAUUAACCUAAGUAUAAAUUGAGAGGAUAGAAACCCAAACAAUACAAAACCCUCUCAACUCUCUUGGUCUUUUCAUUUGUUCAGAUUCAGAUAAAAUGGUUCUAAUUGAGACAGCAUCAGAAUUGGAGGAGUUGAACCAGCGAUACAAGUCUGAGAAAGUAUCUGUGUGGUGGGUUUUAGAAAACUGGGAUGAGUACAAGGAUGUUGAUCCUUGUCGUAUAAAAGAAAACAUCAGUAUAGCACUUGCUAAGGAGGAGUACAAGGGUUCCGUUUCCAUCUCUUGCUACGUUGACGAAGUUAACGCAACUAAAAUUCCCGAACAUGUGCUGACGGAUCUCUCGUCCUCCGGAAUUUCCAUCAACCAUUAUCCUAAAGAUGAGAAGCCUGUGAUGCUCAUUGUGGACAUGUUGCGUUGGGCAGAAUCCAACCCUCCACCUGCAAAUUACUUAUUUAUAUUCAAUGAUGAUGAUGAUUAUGAUGGCGGAUUUACUUAUGCAAUCGAUUAUCUCCUAUGUUGCAAGUAUAAUAUUCUUCUUGCAUCCCCAGAGGCAUGUGCACCAUCCCUCGUUUCACUUUCCAAGAGAGUAUGGCUUGUGCGUAGUCUAUUUUCAGGAGAAUCUCCGGCAUCUGAGGAACAAGUUAUGAAACUUCGUGGCUCCGAUUCUGAUGAAGAGGGUUCCCAUUCUGAUGGGUGAUAGUACAACAGGGGCUCCGAUUCUGAGGUUCGCUUGAAAUUCAAAUUUUCAAAUAUGAGAAAGGGUGAUCUCUAGUAUUUAAUUAUCAUAAGUAUUUUUUGUUAAUAUGCAUAAGUUUCUCUUAUAUGAUGUAAGUUAAACAUUUAUCCUGUUAAUUUAUUUCUUAGACUGAACUCAAAAUCGGUUUGCCGCCGGCGCCACUAUGAGGAGGCAGUUAAUUUGCUUAUAGGAUUAUGAAAACAUCAACCCUUCCCGGUAAAUAUAAGGUAAGUGAUUUAGAAGAUAUUUUUAAAUCAAAUCUUCAUCGGAUAGGUUUUAAUGGGGAAUCGAAAUUUCAAAUUUAUGGGACAGGGAUAAAGUUUGCGGUAAAACAAGACCGAAGGCUUUUAAUCUCAGCAAUUUUUUUAAAGUUGUCGAAGUUGGUGAAACAUCUAAGGAAGCCGCUGAUUUUAUAUGAUGGAAUUUGCCAUGACAAACCCACCCCCUGCUGAUCUGAUGUUAGUGAGCGGUGAUCAAGAUUUAUGUAACGCCCUCCACCAUAUUCGGGCAUAUGAGUAUCAUGUAUUACUUGUUCACCCUAUCCACGGGUUUCAUCGAUGUGGAGCCGUGGGUGGGGUGAACAAGUAAUACAUGAUACCCCUAUGCCCCGAAAAUGGUGGAGGGCGUUACAAAAAUCUUGAUCACCGCUCACUAACAUGACAUCCGCAGGGGGCGGGUUUGUCAUGGCAAACUCCAUCGUAUAAAAUCAGCGGCUUCCUUGGAUGUUUCACCAACCUUGACAACUUCAAAAAAAAUUGCUGAGGUUAAAAGCCUUCAGUCUUGUUUUACCGCAAACUUUAUCCAUGUUCCCAUAAAUUUGAAACUUUGAUUACCCAUU